AGUAUAUGAGUACAUAUAACACGUUUUAAAAUGUGUAGAAAAUCAGACAAGUUCUCCAAAUAGAACCCCUGAAAAGCACCUUGUCUCUUUGCAAUUUCCCCAAUAUAACGGCGUCAAAUCCACAUUGUCACUUCGAGGGCUCUGUUAAUUCACAGUCACACUACAAUGCGCUCGUUUAAUCCUGUUUCGAAGGCGUUAUCGCGGUAUUUGUUGCGAAGAAUUGGGGGUAGGGAGCUGGUGAAUUGUGGCAUGAAUGUGGGGGAAUUGGGGAAUUAUGUUCGAGUUCGAUGGUUGAGUAAUGUUGGUGGAAUUCCGGCGGUUAGUGAUUCUGUUUGUUCGGAGAAAAAGGAGGUUUGGUUUCCGACAGGAGGAAGGGGUUUUGUUCAGAGGAGGGGGUUUCUUGGUUGCGGUGAUGGGGAUGAGGGGAAUGUCUUGGCUAAAGUCCACGAGGAGAGACGCGUUAUGGGGUAUUCUCCGGAGCAGUUAUUUUCUGUGGUUUCUGCUGUUGAUUUUUAUUCAGAUUUUCUUCCAUGGUGUGAGCGAUCAGAAAUAGUUCGGCGUUUUCCUGAUGGUUCAUUUGAUGCUGAGCUAGAAAUCGGAUUCAAAUUCCUUGUUGAAAGUUAUAUCUCUCACGUUGAAGUAAAAGAACCAACAUAUGUAAAGACUACUGCAUCAGAAAGUCGCCUAUUCCAUCAUUUGAUUAACAUGUGGGAAUUCAGUCCGGGUCCAGUCCCAGGAACAUGCAGUAUGUAUUUCUUGGUAGACUUUAAGUUCCAUUCACCAUUUUACAGACAGAUGGCAACAAUGUUCUUUACGGAGGUGGCAACAAGACUUGUUGGUUCUUUCAAUGACCGUUGUGGUUUGAUUUAUGGACCAGAAGUACCUGUUUCUAAAUAUAGUUAUCAGAAACAAGAUGCAUGAUACUCUGGGUUCAUUCUAAUUUUUUGUAUAACUUAAUGCUGCAUCUGUACGGGGUCUACUUGCGAUAAUACCUACAUAAUGUAUACUUAAUGUAUAGCGAUAAUACCUGCAUAAGAUCGAGAAAUUGUUUCCUUGUGAUCAAAUUGAGAUAUAUGCAAAUAUGGUUUGCUGUGUCAUAAUACAUUGCAGAAAUUGAAAUUAGGAUGGGUGGUUGAAGUAAUAGAUUUCAGCUUUUAGAAAAAUAAAACAUCUGAGUACAUGUUAUCUUCUAUAAACAAGACUCUCUUUGGAGAACUAGAGGAGUUGAUAAAAGAAAGAACACUAGACAAGCAAGACAGGUGCAUUCAGGCAUUCGAGUUUUGAUCAACUAUAUUUGCAGGUUUCGUCGAUAAAUCAUAUAUUUUUUGCUGUUUCUAAGAUUAACAUAUUGUAUGUAUGGACAGCGUAACAUAUGCACUAUUUCUAUUUGCGGUCGAAAGUUGUAAAUUUCUAGAGAAUUAGCUGUGCCAGAUACAAUCUAUUUGCGGUUGAAAGCUAUAAAUUUUUAGAGAAUCAGCUGUCCAGUUAUAAUUCUACAAGAAGUCGGAUUAACACUAGUUGGAGUAAAAAUUGCAAAGUAGAAUUAGCAGAAGCAUACAUUACAAAUGACUAACAUAUAUCUUUGAAAGUACCUAUAACUUGGUAAAUACUACGGUCUUAUGCACUGUUUCUUACUUCUUACAGUCCCCCUUCCACAGCUUCAGCCAGACAAGUUGAUUAUCAUCGAAGAACAAGAGCAAUGGCCUUUAUAUACAAGAUCAGACUGCAUUGUUCACGUAGUGAGGGCGUUCACUCGGCUGCAGCAACACUAACUCAAAGUGUUGGCAGAAGGUCAAUGUCCUUUGGAAUGGGUAAGAGAAUGGAACUUCUUUUUGCCCAUGAACAUGAAAAUCUUUGGGAUUAUCGAUUUCUUUUUCUUCUUUUUUCCUUCAGGUGCUUCAGCAUUAGUGUUGCUCGAGUCUUGUGCUGGCUCAGUUUUUGGUGGUUCUUUCUCACCCUUCAACUUCCUCAACUCCUCUUCUACACUUGAUUUCCCCUCCUUGGCCUUUUCGGCUUUCUUCCUUGCUGUUUCCAGUCCUUCCUUCUGAGUGGCCAACUCAGAAGAAAGUUUCUCUAACUUUCUCAAGGUUCUUGCCUCUGAUUCCUUCGCUGCCUCGAUAAGGGAGAGAGUUUCAGUCACUUUGUCGUUUCCUCGUGCCUCUGCGUCAUGGGCCUGCUUAUUAAGGUUGUAGUACUCUGUCAAGGAAAGUGUAAUGGCAUCUGGUAUAUCCUCAUCACUAGGUGCUUGUAGUGCUGCUUCUAGUGCUUUGAUUGCUUUCAGAGCCAGAUUCUCUGCUGCCCUUGUAGCCUCUAUCUCCUUUUUAACUGCAUGAAGUCUGUCCUCUGUGGUAUUAAUUCUUGCCUUUAAUUGAUUACCUUCCUCCUUUGCCUUCUCGAGCUCUUCGUUAGCAACUUUAGCAAGUGCUUUCGCUUGAUCUGCCUCUUCAGCCGCUUUUGGUAAUUUCUUCGGUAUCUCAACCGUCCCCUCUCUGGCUUCUUUCUCCUUUACCUUAAGAAGAGAUAUCUCUUUCUCGGUCCUUUCAAGCUCAGCAUCGAUAGAAGCAACUGUCUCCGAGGCCGUUUUCUCUCUCUGCUUAACAGUUUCUAGUUCUGAUUUUUCACUUUCUAAAUUUGACUUCAAUGACUUAGCAGCUGCUCUUAACUGAUUUACUUCAUUGGUUGCUUUUCCCUUGUAGAGCUUUACUUCGUCGAGAUUCAUUUGGGCUGAAGCAAUUGCUGCGUGUAUGCCACCAUCAAUGUUCUUGUCAUGUCCCUCACGCUUCGGAUUUUGUUUUGAUUCAAUAUAUGCAGCAAAUUCAGCUUUUAUGUCCUGUAACGAAGCUGAUGCAGUAUCUAAUCUUGACUUAACAUCCUUUGCCGCCAAGAUCUUGUGGUUUAGUUUCUGCAGAUCCUCUUCUGCUUGCUUCAACUCCUUAUCGUGGCUCUGAACAUCCUCUUCUAGUUCCUUGGCUGCUCCGGUUUUAAGUUCCUCCGCCUCUAAAUGAGCAGCAUGUGCAGACUCCAAGGAUUCUUUUGUUGUCAUCAGCUCAACAGUCAGAUUUUCUAUGGUCUUCUCAACUUCCUUAGAAGCUGAAACGGCCUUCUCGGCCUGCAUUACAGCUUCAUUUUUCUCUUCCGUCAGUGAAUCAUAAUCCUUGCGUAGUUUCUCCAACUCUUUUUUCAAAGAUUCUAAAUCUGAUGCAGCAGCUAAAUGCCUAGCCUUGGCGACCUCAAGUUCUUUCUUGGCUGCAACACUAGCCUCGGCAGCAAUCCCUUGCUCCAACUCCUCCACUUUGAGUUGCUCAAGUUCAGAGUCCUGUUUUGCUUGCUGCUCUUGCUUUUCUGCUCUCUCUAGGUUGAGCUUAAAUUCUUCUACAAGUCUCUUUGUGCUAUCCAGCUCCUUUAGUACUUGGUUCUUCGAUUCUUCAGCUGUUUCGGCCUCUUUCUUAAGAACAGGUAUCUCCUCCUGCACUUUCUCAAGUUCUUUUUCUAUAGUCUUUUGUCUCUGCAGGGACCAAGAGGACAGACAUAUUGACAGAAUAUAAGAAAACUUCGUCUUACUAAUCCAAUGUUCUGGGAAAGUAAGAAAGCUUAUCUCAAAAUUUUAAAAUUUUGCAAGUCAUACCUCCAUAGAACGGACUCUGUGAGCUUUCCAGUCUGUGAUUCCCCCAAACUUCGACACAGCAUCCUUGACAGAUCCAGCUUGUACUGGUGCAUCACUUGCAGCUGCAGGAGAAGAAUUAUCAAAUGACUUUCGAGGAACAUCACUAACGGACUUCUUGUGCUGUCCAUCCGGAGUAGCUGGUUUAACCUUAAGCGCGGGAUAUCCAUCUGACACCGGAGAAUCAGUUGGUUUUGCACUAGCUGAAACCGGAGCUUUUUGUUCUGGGGAAUGUCCAUUAGAAACUCUGAUCUUAGUCACAGCAGUUUUAUCUGAUGGAACUUCAACUUUCUGAUUUCCUUCAGUAGCUUUCGCACUCGCCAUCCAAGGAAGUUCCAAACUCUCAAAAUCAACUGGGUAUGUCUGAAAUCCAAG